UUCCCACAACAUCAGUCGCACGUGAGUCAGCAACGCAUACAAGCUUUACAUCGUUCUAUGGGAGAGAGAGCAGUAGUAACAGCAGAUAGAACGAGUAGAGAUGGACAAUCUUCAAUGGCGGAUAUUACCUUUGCUGGCACUUUUCGCUUCGUUUCUCUUCUUCUUCUACGUCCAAAAUUCUUCUAAGUUGUCCCACGGCGACUGUAGCCUCCUUCCUUAUAAACAUUAUUGGAUAACCAGCAAGAGCAUUGUGACACCACAAGGGAUCAUUUCCGGCGCAGUAGAGGUAAAGGAAGGGAAUAUUGUAUCCAUAGUUAAAGAAGAGGAUUGGCAGGGAUAUUCCAAGAGGGGACCGAUACUUGAUUACGGAGAAGCUGUGGUUAUGCCUGGCUUGAUUGAUGUGCAUGCACAUCUUGAUGAUCCUGGAAGAACUGAAUGGGAAGGAUUUCCUUCAGGAACUAAAGCAGCUGCAGCUGGAGGCAUUACAACGUUGAUUGACAUGCCUCUGAAUAGCUUUCCUUCGACUGUUUCUGUGGAGACUUUUAGACUCAAGCUUGAGGCUGCAGAAAAGAAUAUCUAUGUUGAUGUUGGUUUCUGGGGAGGCCUAGUUCCUGAAAAUGCUUUCAAUGCAAGUUCUCUAGAAGCUCUCCUAAAUGCUGGUGUUCUUGGUUUAAAGUCUUUUAUGUGCCCUUCAGGGAUCAAUGACUUUCCUAUGACCAAUGCCCGUCAUAUCAAGGAGGGAUUAUCUACACUGGCAAAAUAUAGAAGACCUUUGCUUGUACAUGCAGAGAUUCAGCAAGAUUCUGAGAACUACACAGAAGAUGCUGAAAAUGACCCUCGACAUUAUUCAACAUACCUUAAGACAAGGCCACCAUCAUGGGAGGAGGCAGCUAUUAGAGACCUAGUGACACUAUCAAAGGACACAAGGAUUGGUGGUCCUGCUGAAGGAGCUCAUCUUCACAUUGUUCAUUUGUCUGAUUCAGGUUCGUCCCUGCAACUUAUAAAGCUAGCAAAAAGAAGUGGCGACAGUGUAACUGUUGAGACGUGCCCCCAUUACCUAGCCUUUUCAGCAGAAGAGAUUAAGGAUGGAGAUACCCGUUUUAAAUGUGCUCCACCCAUCCGUGAUUCAGCCAAUAAAGAAGCACUAUGGAAGGCUUUGUUGGGAGGAGAUAUUGACAUGUUAAGUUCUGAUCAUUCACCAACAGUCCCAGAGCUUAAACUUUUUAAUGAAGGUAACUUCUUGAGGGCAUGGGGGGGCAUAUCAUCUUUGCAGUUUGUUCUUCCUGUGACAUGGUCAUAUGGGCGAAAAUAUGGAGUAAGUUUGGAGCAAUUAGCAUUGUGGUGGAGUGAAAGGCCCGCUAAGCUCGCCGGACAAGAUUCAAAGGGGGCCAUUGUAGUUGGAAAUGAUGCAGAUAUCGUCAUAUGGGAGCCAAGCACGGUGUUUGAUCUCAACAAUGAUCUUCCUAUAUAUUUUAAACAUCCUAGUAUCUCAGCCUACAUGGGAACCAAACUUUCGGGAAAAGUUUUGGCAACAUUUGUUAGAGGAAACCUAGUCUACAAAGAGGGAAAACAUGCUUCUGCUGCUUGCGGUUCUCUUAUCCUAGCAAAAUAAAGGGGUAAACUGGAAAUAUUUUAAUCAAGCUUGUCCAAUUGACUAUUUGAUGCAAUUUAACAAGAAGUGAACAUCUGGGCUCGGAUGUUGAUAGAUCAGUACUGCAAUUAAAACAAGAAAUAUACGAAUCAUAAGCCAUCUCGUCACUAUCAUCAGUGUUAUCACAUUGUAACUUAUGUGUUAAAUUAGAUACAAACGAACAUUUUGCAACCACAUGAGAUUACUAUUGCUGCUGUUGCUUAGAACGCAUGAAUCUCGACGUUGAAUGUGAAAUUUACGGAUAAAGCUCGAAUUUAUUGUCA